AUGAGUUCCAAGAGUGAAAGUGUAGCAAGCUCGAUUAGUAGCUGUGAUGAGUCGAGUGAGAAGGAAGUGAUGCCAAGGAAGCGUGGAAGGCCUCGCAAGAAUGAUGGGACACUGGGAAGACAGGCACGGCAGAAGGUGAAUCCGAUGCUUUAUCAAUCGCCGCUUGGGUAUCAAUAUAUGGCACCAUCUGGAGUGAUGAGAGUACCUUUACAGUAUGGAUUUGAGAACCGAUUUGAUUUUAAGCAUGGAUUUGGAGGAUAUUCGCAUGGUGCAGAGAUGAAGAUAAUGCAUGGAAUGGAGGAAAGGAGGCCUACAAGGAGUGUCAGUAAGGAAAGAGUGCAAGAAAGAAAUGUUUAUGUGCCUGAGAGGAGACAGAAGCGCAGUGCAGCGAUGGUUCGACGAAAUAAUGCGCCUGAUAGUGAAAGCAGUGUAAGUGAGCAGAACGAGGAGGAGUCUGACGAUGGGAUUGAGAAGCUUUUGAAGUAUGAUGAGGAGAAUGAGAAGUAUUUUGUGAAGUUUCGCAACAAGAGCUACCUGCACUGUGAAUGGAUAGAUAAGGAGGUGAUAAUGGCAACGAAGAUUGGAGCGAUGAAGGUGAAGAAGUUUAAAGCGACAGAAGUACCGUUCAAUCCGGACUUUCUGAAGGUGGGCAGAAUAUUGCAUGAGGACUAUGAUGGAGAGAAGGUAUUUUUGGUGAAGUGGAAGGGGCAACCGUAUGAGCUAUCUACGUUUGAAACGGCAGAGAAUGUGACGAAAUGUGAGCUAUUUGAGGAAGAGCUGCGAAAGUACAGGGACAGAAAGAAGAUGCGCAACAUGAGAGUUGGGAUUGACUGGAGGCCACCUAGGGAGAACUUUAUCAAAUAUGAAGAGUCGCCAGUGUUUAAGGGAAGCAACCGACUCCGGGAGUACCAGCUGGAAGGGCUGAACUGGUUGUUGAACAGAUGGUAUUACCGGCAGAGCUGUAUUAUGGCGGAUGAGAUGGGGUUAGGAAAGACUGUGCAGUCUGUUACGUUUAUCAAUACGCUUUUUACGAAGUAUGAAUAUAGUGCGCCUAUUCUAAUAGUGACACCUCUGAGUAUUAUUCCUCAUUGGGAGCGGGAAUUUGAGGCAUGGACAGAUUUGCGGGUGUUGAAGUACCACGAAAGCAGACCAGGAAGGGCGUUAAUUGCAGAGUAUGAGUUUGUGCUUCGUAGGAACAAUCUUGAGAUCAGAUUGUUUGAUGUGCUGAUUACUACGUAUGACACUGUGAUGGCUGAACAGGAGCAUCUGAGCCAGUUCCAUUUUUCAGUUGGAAUAUUUGAUGAAGCACACCGACUUAAGAACUCUAAGUCUAAAGCUGCAAGCGUGCUAAGAACGCUGAAGUUCAAUCACAAGGUGUUACUGAGCGGAACGCCGAUUCAGAACAAUAUAUCUGAGUUGUGGUCGCUGUUGAACUUUAUUGAUCCUGGCAGGUUUGCGAGCCAGCUGAGCUUUCUGGAUGAGUUCAAGAUGGAGAAUAUCAAUGAUGUUGAGAAGCUUCAGGGGUUAUUGCGACCGUUGAUGUUGAGGAGAAUGAAGGAGGAUGUUGAAAAGAGCAUACCUUCGAAGGAAGAGACGAUUAUUGAGGUUGCGUUGACGAUGAUACAGAAGAGGUUUUACAGGGCAAUUCUUGAGAGGAAUAUUGAGUUUUUGACGAAAGGAGGAAAGGAGUCUGCGCCAAAUCUGCUGAAUGUGAUGAUGGAGUUGCGUAAGUGCUGUAUCCACCCGUACUUAAUUAAAGGGGCUGAGGAGCAGAUUCUCAGCGGGUAUAUGAAGAAGAAGAAGGAGAGGAGCAAAAAUGAGGGAGAUACUGAAGUGCCAGCUGGGGAAGGAAUGGCAGCUGAAGGAGAAAAUCAGGAAGUAGGAGUUCUUGGGGAUAUUGAUGAGUAUUAUAAGGUGUUUAUACAGAGCAGUGGAAAACUUGUUCUGCUUGAUAAGCUUUUAGGGAAGUUAAAGGAGGGGCAUAAAGUUCUUAUUUUUUCCCAGAUGACAAGAUGCCUUGAUUUGCUUGCGGAAUACCUUACGUAUAGGAAAUACAAGUAUGAGCGAAUUGACGGAGGGGCAAGAACAGAGAAUCGGCAAGCAGCUAUUGACAGGUUUAGUGAUAAGGAAAGUGAUGUUUUUGUGUUUUUGUUGAGUACGCGUGCAGGAGGAGUGGGAAUAAACCUGACGGCGGCAGACACUGUUAUUAUUUUUGACUCGGAUUGGAAUCCUCAGGCAGAUCUACAGGCACAGGCAAGAUGUCAUAGGAUUGGGCAGACAAGUGAGGUGAAGGUGUACAGACUGGUGACUGAGAAUACAUAUGAGAGAGAAAUGUUUGAUAAAGCGGGGUUAAAGCUUGGACUUGAUAAAGCAGUGUUACAGAAGAUGACGUUUGAGGAGCAGAAGAGCGAGAAGACAAAAAAGAAGGAUGCGAUUGAAGUUCUUCUUCGUAAGGGAGCAUAUGGAGUUCUUAUGGAGACUGAUGAUGCAUCGAGUAGAAAGUUCUGUGAGGAGGACAUUGAUCAAAUUUUAGAGAGACGUACGAAGAUAGUGAAGCACAGCGAUGGAGGUAAUGUGUUUUCGAAGGCAUCGUUCCAGGUUGAAGAGGAUGUUGAUGAUCCUGAUUUCUGGGAGAAUCUCCUGAGCAAGAAGAGAAGUGAGGAAAGUGAAGGAAGGGUGCGAAGGCAGAUGAGAAGACUUGCAAGGGAAGGAGGGCUUUCUACUGAGGAAGUGAAUGAGAUUGAUGAAUUAUUGAAGAUGGAGCUUGAAGACAAGGAUGAGAAUGUGUUUUAUGAGAAUGAAUGUUUGCUGAUAUUCCUGGGAGUGUUAAGGUAUGGAUUCAGGUCUGUUGGGCUUGAUAUACUAAAGAGUGGAAGUGAAGCAGCAGAUAAGGGAAUUGUUAUUGAGCAGAGUAAGCGAUUUAAAGAGACUGAAGGGCACUUCAAGUAUAUUAUGAAGUAUAAUGUUGAUCAGCUGCAGAGCUCUAAAGUCAGAUCUGAUUUUUGUGAUAGCAUUGGAGAGUUUUUGGUGGAUAAUUAUGAUCCGUCAUUAUUUUCUAAGUUUGAGCAUGUGUAUAAGAAGUAUGGAGAGAGAUUUUUGCUCCGAGUGCAGGCGGUGAUGAUGCUUGUAUCGCUUGUGAAUACUGAAGAUCUUAUUGUUGAGAAGGUGAGGGGAUGGAGUGGAGAAGAUGAUAAGAGGCUUGUUGAGCUUGUGUUGGGAUAUGGAUAUGAUUGCUAUCCUGAGGUUGUGAAUAACAAGAGUGUGGAUGAUAUGAAUCAAAGGGUACGGAAGAUUAUUUCGACGCUUAGUAGGAAGAAGGAGAUACGUGAGAAUGACAAUCUGUUUCACAAGGCAAUAAUGAAUUUUGGAAAGAUUACUGAAGAGAACCGUGAGAGUGUGGAGAAGUAUUUAGGAGAUAAGAAUGUAGAAGGGCUUGAGGAGACUAUCAAUGGAAUAGUUGAGGAGACCAAGAGACACAAGAUGAGCAGCUCAGAGGUUGAGUGUUCUGAUAGAAUGGCCUGGUUUGAUGGGGUUAGGGAGAUGGAGAAACUUCCUACUUUAAAGAGAGGUAUGCUGCCUAAGAAUUGGAAUGUAGAUAUGGUUUAUGGCCUAAGGGAUGAGCUGUUGAAGAAUGGACUUGCUGCAUGUAUUGAGAAGUAUGAUGUUAAUGAGGAGAUGCUGGUGAAGAAGCUUGAGGCGUUGUUUUCUUGCAGUCGGUCUGCGUAA